CUGUGAGGACAAAUUCGUUCAAACAGCCGAUUUAAACCAAAACGAAGGCAGUUUUCUCUCUCCCUAAACCACUUUCGGAAAAUCAGCGAUUGCUCGAACUGAUGAUGAGCCUGACUUUCGCUAUGGCGGGAACAUUACCGGAUUGGACCUUGGUUGUGCCAAAGCCGGAGUACGACGUUUUCGAUCAUGAAGUCGAGGACCAGCUUGCUCACGACAUCGGAGAACUGAAUCUUUCAGCCAAAAGAUUGACAAGCACCUUGUAUUUCGCAGGAGAUUUCAGCAACAUCCAUGUCAUGGAUCGGGAAUGUGGAACGCUUUCUCCUCUUACGAAAGCAGACAUUUUUAGGAAUUGGGACUUCAGAAAACUCCGCGCCAGCUUCGGGAUCAAAUUCAGAUUAGGAAGAGAACGUGCGAUAGAGGUUCUAUCAAAAUUCUUCAUGCGAAACCGCUUUUGUGUAAUCACCAAAUGGAGUGGAAGAGGGGAGAUAGAAGUGGUAGACAGAAGUAUGAUUGUCAAGGCUUUGGAUCACUGGGCAUUGGGAGAACUCUUGGCCUUUCUGGCAACAGAGAAGAGCAGUGGAAGAUCGAUGAUCGGUUUGAACCAAGAGGAGAUCAAGCAAGUAAAAGAGCUGAGCAGGAAGGAGGCCAGUGAGUGGUUUGGAAGGGCAAGAUGUAAAUUUCUGGCCCUAGGAGGGAUGAUCGGGUGCGUGGGAGGAUUCGACAUGAAAUUUCCUCUAAUUGAACAUCUCAUCAAAGGGUUCGAACCGAAGAAAUGGGAAGGGGAGGGAGUCGACGAAAUGAGAGAGGGCUUGGUUUGUGAGCUUUGGAAAUACAAUCCGACUGUGCGGAAGGCUAUGCAACUUAUGGAGAAGGAGCCUGGAUAACGAGUUUGGGUUGUGAGAGGGCGGGAAUUGAUUUCCCAGAAACUU